GGGAGGAGGGGGGGAGGCGAGGAACUCCCUCCUCGCUCCGCUUUCCCGCGGAAGUUUGGCGGCGUGAGGCCGCCGUAGACGGGUGAGCUGCUGAUUCCCGUCCGGGUGGAUGCAGUUGCCAUUGUGUGUGCGGGCGCCUCGAGCUCGUUCCGCGUCCCCCGCCCGGGCCCGGGCCGCCAUGAGUGAGAAGGGGGAGCUGGACCUGACCGGGGCCAAGCAGAACACGGGCAUGUGGCUGGUGAAGGUCCCCAAGUACUUGUCACAACAAUGGACUAAAGCUUCAGGAAGGGGUGAAGUAGGGAAGCUGAGGAUUGCCAAAAAUCAAGGAAGAACAGAAGUAUCAUUUACUUUGAAUGAAGAUCUUGCAAGUAUCAAUGAUAUUGGAGGAAAACCUGCUUCAGUCAGUGCACCCAGAGAACAUCCAUUUCUUUUGCAAAGUGUGGGAGGACAGACGUUAACAGUGUUUACAGAAAGCUCUGCAGAAAGCCAGCCAGAAGAAAAAUCUGAGAACAGCAAUGCUGAAAAGUCAUGA